AUGUCGCUCCUAGGGACAUUUAACUCCAACAUCACCGGCACUCAAGACGUGCAGGAAUCCCAUGUCGCCCACAUGGAAGCUCGCCGCCAUGAUCCCACGGCCAGCGUGAGCACCGAUGACACCGCCAAUGAGAAGAGCGAGGUUGGCAACGAGGAAUACAGUGAGGUCGAGGUCACCCGCCUGGCCCGGCAACUCACCCGCCAGUCAACACGCUUCUCGGUCUCAACUCAAAAUGCAGAGAAUCCCUUCAUUGAAACUCACGAGGACUCAACUCUCAACCCUAGCAGUGAAAACUUCAAGGCUAGAGAUUGGAUGAAGAACCUGCUUGCUAUCCAAUCCCGCGACCCAGAACGAUACCCGAAGCGUCAGGCCGGUCUGUCCUUCAAAAACCUCAGCGUGCACGGAUUUGGCAGUCCCACCGAUUACCAAAAGGAUGUGGCCAACUCCGAUUCCGAGCGCUACUGUCAAAAGACUACACUAGACCGCCAUCUCUAA